AAAUAAAUGAAGUCAAGAUGGAUUACAGACACAGUAACCUGAUCUUAACUUUACCAGUUUUGUUUUAAUUUUAAUCAUAAUUAGAUACUGUUUCGUUGAAAAAAAUCUUCAAAUAACCAUUUUUCUAAUUAAAAGAGAAAAAAAUUGAAUAAUAAUGUUUUUUCUUUGUAAAUAGUUGCAUUAUUUAGCAAUUUAAAUGUUAAAAUAACCGCCGUUUCUGGCUAUUUCAACAAAAAAAUCAUCUCCAAAAAUAAGCGACUAUCCUUUCUGUUUACUCUUUCUCUUUAAUUUUUUAUUCUGUCUCUUCAGUGAUUUAUCAUUGGGAUUUUGUUUUUGUCACCACUGUUUACUAAUUAACGACUUUAAUCAAUUUUAACAUACCUCUAGCUUGAUUUAUCAUCACAUAGUCAUGGAUGAAGAUUUGAGUUCAAAUGUCAAAUACUCUGGACCAUUGUCAAAUAAUGACCCGGUCAAGACAGAAAGAGAGGAAGAAGCCAAAUUAAAAGCCAAAUACCCAUCAGUCCAGAGACCGGGUCCUCAGUUUCUGCAAAAAAGGCUCCAAAAAGGAACUAAAUAUUUUGACUCGGGAGAUUAUAACAUGGCAAAGGCAGCUAUUAAAAAUAACAAAUCAAGACAACCUUCAUCACUUUCCCAAGAACCUGUUAACUUUACCGUUUCACCUCCAUUAACUGGUGAUACAAUUCCUACCCCUGAUUGUUUGGCUACAAGGAAAACGUCGAUACAUUCACAAAGCAAAUUAGCAACUGAACUUCUCCAUGAUCAUGACUUGAAUUAAUCGAAACACUUUUGAAUCUUCUCAUGGAAUAAACAGUCACCUUCAUGAUAUCCAUAUAACCGAUUAAAACCAUUGAUAAGAUUUAGAUGUCAUUUUAAUGAAUUAACCAGUCAAAACGAAACUUUCAGCAGCCCAUAUGUAUCACAAAAAAUGUCUUUCAUCAUGAGGAAGGAUGAUUGAAUUAACAUGGUGAAAGAUAACGAGCAAUUAAACUCAAAGAUUAAUCAGUUG